GGCAUGGAAAUCGCCACGUUAGCGUGCGAGAAAGCGGCUGCCGCCGUGGAGCUCUUCAUCAGGUCUUCGCUAGUCCUUCCCAGGAGGCCAGCGAUUCUAGUGCUGGACGCACAGGCUGACCAAGGCGCCAAGGGCCGGCUUAAGCUGCUGAAGCACAGAAACAGAAGGUUUCUGGGCUACUGCGGCGGGCCAAAGCCCAACCUCAUGGACGCGUACCGUGACUUCGGAGUCCACAACAUCUUCGCCAGUUCCCUGAUUUUGGAGUACGCUGCCGGAGACGAGCGGUUCGCACACGAAGUCCUCUACGCGGCCGGAAAGCACUACCCCAGGCCAAUGAAGUGGCAUCCCGCGCCGGCUGGGCACGAACUCGUGGCAGACAUGCUCUUCAUGCACUACGGCAAGCUGUUCCUUGAGGCCAUCGACCUUCUCGAGCAAGCGUCGCCUGGCCUGACCGCGGCUGAGCUCCGAGAGAAAAAGGAGCAGCAAGGACAACAGCCACAACAAGAGCGAUCUCGAGAACAUGACGGUAGCGGCAGCAGCGACCACGGGACGAUUUCCAUGAAAGCGCUUCGAGAAGCUGUGGGCUUGGCGGGGGACAAUCCGAAUGUGUUCGUCAGACGCCCGGACGACAAGGCGAGGCGGGGAGGCGGAGAGGGCGAAGAAUCUCCGAUAAGACCUCCGCCAACUGAAUGUUCUUACAUGGGUGGGGGGCGAGGACGCGGAGUGCUGCCGCUGGCGGAGUGGUGCUCCGGGGCUCACUGUCAGGGGGCCGGCAACUAUAGAUGUGCCAACACCUACUACCCUUUGGAGGGAAACCAAGGAUCUAGGCUCCUGGACAUGGUCGUGUCCGAUUCCGAUGGCGAGGGGGAGGGGGGGGGCGAAAACGGUGACCCUGGAAACCCGGUAGGUCUAUUCAAUCGUGACGAGGAGAAGCUGAGGGCGUCUCCUUCCGAAGGACGCUGGGCGGUAACACUCAACGAGGUCUCACGUCCAGCAAUCGACUAUAUGAUGAACGGCCGGGCACCCGAAGGCUAUCACAAGCCGAUAGACGUGAAGUGGGUGCUCGUAGGGGACGCAGAUUCCGGGCCAAUCGAGUUCGAGUUCUUCACUGGUGGGGUUCCUUUAGACAAGGCGAUAGAUAAGGUCACGACGAGGUCGGAGGCGGCGGCGGCGGCGGCGGCGGCGGCGGCGGUGGUGGUGGCGACAGGGGUCCAAGGAGUGGAAGGGGCGGCUAUACAUGGUCUAGAAGCAGCGGGAGAGCACGCUGAGGCCGCCGCUGGCGUGACAGCCGUGGCGCCCGUGGGAGGGCAAGUGGGAGUGCUACCGCUAGGACCCGUCGAGGCAGCGGCCGCAGCGGCGCUGGCUGGGACGAAGGUCGUGGACUCCCGCGUGGUGGUCUGCAAGCCCGACUUCAUCGACCGCGUUGACUUCGCGGACCCGGGGGGGGUGGUGUUCAGCAUAGACGGCGUGGAGACGUCCGUGGUCCCCGCGGAGGAAGACGGGUUGAUGACCAAGUCGUGCUCCCUGCUCGCGGCGGAGGUAGGGCCUGGCCGCCACCGGCUGAAGGUUGUGCCGCUCAGGCGAGGAGAACCCUUUGUGGCGAUUUCUCACGUCAUUUAUCCGGCGUGAAAAUGGUGUUGUGUUGUGCGGUAGUGUCGCCACCGCCUCCAUCAUGCGAGGAAGAUGGACUGGCACCACCUGCCUUGUGAUUGUGGUCCAACUGUGGAACAAAAUGCUACGCGAGUCGCUGCCUGUGUCGCAUGCACUCAACUCUCAACGCGACACUCGUGGUACGGACUGCAACGCCGGCGCCAGGUUUUUCUGUAUCUCAGUUGGGAUUCCCUGUGUGACGGAGAGUUAGCAUCUGGCUUUGCUGUCGUUCCUGUUGUUGUUGCUGCUGCUCUUGGUGGUGGCAUUGAGGAGGUGAGGUUUUCACCCUGGGUACAGGAUAACAAUGCUUUCUUCGGCGGUUGGUGGUGUUCCGUGGCGCAACAUAUAAUUAGACGUGCUAGGGUCCUCAACGUUAAUAUUUGCGGGGUACUUUAUAUCGAACGCGCCGGUCUAAAUAUUGUUUUUUGGUACGUCAGAAUUUAUUUUGUGAUCGUGUGAUGGCAGGCGCCCUACGAGUUCCGAUUGUGACUUGCUUGCGUCAUUGCGCGGUAACCGGAGCUUGGAUUUCGAGCUGUGCGCACACACCUCUCUGUCACCUUCGAGCCGACUACGGGGGCAUGUGUUGGUUGGUUGUGCUCUCUGGUGAAUUGUGAUUUUGUUAUCAAAAUCUAGCUGACGUAUUUUUUCUGCUUCGUUCCAUGACGUUUAUUAGGUAGCCGUUCAUAGACAAACAUACCAGUAUAUUUUCUCCCGCCGCGCGAUCGGCAGUAACCUAUGACCUAGACCGGGGAUAUGGUGCCUUUCCCGCACGUUCAUGUGUGGCUCUGGACUCUGGACGUACGAUGUUUUGAUGUGUUAAGGUUGUCAUUUUUGGUGAUGUUUGUUGGCUUGUAGACACAGUGCGUGUAGAGAUCGACCAACAGGGUUCGUUAUUUUGGUGUGGCUCUCUCUUCGCUUGUCUCUCGUGUUGAGCUACGCGAAGCGCACCUGUUCGUGUUCUGGCGACUUGUUUCAUAUGAAUGUGUUCGCUUUAUUGCAGGAGGUACCAUAGUCAAUACUCCUCCGUGUCUCGUGAAUACGUAUACAUCGAGUAGAACAAUUGCUUUCCCCCGACCGAUUCAGAUCAAAUAGAAGCACUAUUCCGUGCCGCACAACGGUCCAGUAGAGGUCGUAAACGGAUAGAGAAACGAAAACAAAAAGACAGGUCGUACAAGGGGAGGAAAAAGAGGUGUGUGUGUCUUUGUGUUCUUCUCAUAACUGAUAAGCAUGCGAAUCGACGUGUGGUUGUUUCCUGCGAGCAUUUGCUUGGUGUCGCUGCGAGUGGCGGAAGACCUUGCACGUCGAAGUAAAGAGAAGUACGGAACGCGACAGACCGGCAGGCAGCGGAAUACUGUGUUGGCGAACUGCCGAGUUCGCGGCUGGAGCGAGUCUGGAAUACUACUCCGUCGUCCGGGUCUCUUUCUUAACAAAGCGCCUUUUUUCAUGGGUUAGAUGUUGGACGCGAUCGAUCGGUAGGAGGGCUUUCUUGGAGGGUGUAGUGUGGUGGUGGGAAGAAGUGUAUCCACUUUCCUCCCAGCAGAGCCGAAGAAGGAGGCCUCGGAUCGAGUCGUUCCGUGCGUUUGGUUGUCGUAUGAAAGGACGUAGCCGUUCUCGUGACGAUCAAUAUUGAUCUCGUGCACCGGUAGCACAUGAACGUAUGGGUGCUUUCGGUGUAGUAUAUUCGAAUGCCAGAGCGUUGA